AUGAGUUCAACUACUGUCGCUCAACAUACAACACAACCAUUAAACUUUGGACCUGAAUGGCUUCGAGCAUUAUCAACGCCUGAAUCAACAACACCUAUUCCAUCAUCGGGUGGUGGUAAUGGUGGAAAUAUUUUUAAAUUUUCUGCAACAAAAUAUCGCUAUUCAAAAGAUGAAAUCUUAGCAUUACGUGCUAAUGUAACUGAACGUUUAGCUGAAGAUGUACGAAAUGAGAUAUUAGAAAAUUUAAAAGAUGUUGAAAGUGUUUUUCGACCAAAUAUAAUUGAACCAUUAGCAUUAACUACACCCUCGUCUGAGGAAAGUGCUAAAAUGAAUUCAUUAUCAAGUUAUAUUUCUGGUCGAACACCAGGCGGUGGUGGUCGUGGUGGUAGUAAUUCUCAACAAUCACAGCAACCACUACAUGAUUCACGAGGUAAUCGAGGAGGAGGUUCAAUGUCAAAUGGGCGUGGAGGAUCAAGAGGCAGAGGUGGACGUGAUAAUACUUUUGGAUCGAAUCGUGGAAGUACCAAUGCAGAAGAUAAUGGAGAAAAUGGAGGCGGUGGUGGUGAUGAUACAACAGUAUCAUCAUCAUCAUGGUCUUCUCGUGGUGGUUAUCAUUCACGUGGUGGUGGUGGUAGUGGUGGUAGUAGUGGAACAUUUGGAAAUCGAGUGCGAUCUUAUGAUGAUCGUGAACCAUCGUUUCGUCGUGGCGGCGGUACGCGUCAAACAUCUGAUGGAUGGCGUCGAUCGAGAGGUGAUGAUGAUGAUGGAAAUAAUGAGCAGAAUGAAGAAUCAUCAGCAGCACCUGCAAAUGGUUCAUCAUCUUGGACAUCUCGAGGUGGCCAAACACGACGAGGUGGAAGCAGUAAUGGAUCAAUGGAACAUCGUACAAAAUCGAAUGAUAAAUGGAAUCAUAAUGAAGAACGAUCUGGUCCACCAAAUAGUUAUGAGACCAAUCAACAACGUGGAUGGCGUUCAAAUGCACCUGUACCUGAUCGUGAUCUUAAUUCACGUCGUCCUCAACAAAAACGAGAUCGAGUGCCUGAAUGGAUGGAAGAUGAUAAUAAUUAUGAUCCUCAAUUAAGUAAUGCAACAUUUGAACAAGAUGGAACAUUUAGAGGACCAUCAUCAACACAACAAAAUAAUAGUAAUGAAGAACAAAAGCAACAAAUUCAAUCUUCAACUGAUGAAAUAUCAUCACGUAAAAAAGUUGUUUCAUCCAAACAACAUGAAGAUAAUAAAUUAGAUAAAUCAACACCACCACAGGCAGAUACAGCUGUUAUCAAUAUACCAACAAAAUCGGAAACAAAAUUACCUGAACCUACACCUCCUGUACAACAUACUAUUUCAACAUGGGAUGAUGAAUUUGAACCGAGUGAUGUAGCAAAAACUGUCGUUGAAUCAACUCUUGCUGAAGAUCAUGAUUAUUCUCCACCAAUGGCUAGUCAUCCAACUCCACCUGCUAUACCAAUUAUACCCCAACAACAACGAAUACAACCACCAGUAGUUAUUGAUGAUAAACAAUGGUAUUAUAAAGAUCCACAAAAUACAGUACAAGGUCCAUUUUCAUCAGCUGAUAUGGAACGUUGGUUUGCAGCUGGAUAUUUUACUAUUCUUUUGCCUGUUAAACGUAUGGGUGAAACACAAUUUUCAACUAUUCAACAACUAACAAAAGAAUUAGGUCGUUUACCAUUUCGUACUGAUGUUCCAUCACUUCCACCACCUGUACAACAACAACAAACGAUUGUACCUGAACCACAAAAAUUUAAUCCAAUGACAUAUGUAGCACCAUCAACUGCAGCUAAUACUUAUAUUGAUGAUUAUAUACUUCAACAACAACAACAGUCAAGACAAAAUGUGCCACAUUCAAUGUUAUUUAACAGACAAGCAUCAGUACCUGUAUCAUCAACAGAUCGAAUACCGGUUACAUCUCCAUCAAUUAUAAAUCCUCAAUUACAAUCAUAUUUUUCUUCUCAACAACAAUCCCAAUCAUCUUCAUCUCUUUUCCCAUCAAAUCUUGUUAAUGAUCCGGCAUUAGCCUUUCAACCACAAUUACAACGAAGUAUAUCUGCAACAAAUCAACAACAACAACAACAACAACAACAACAGCAACAACAGUCAUUAUUUGAUGAUGUUCAACGUCCAUUUCGUCAUAUUGCUUCUCAACCAAAUACGGCAUCAUUCUUUGGUGAAAAUGUAUCACUUGCACAGUCUCAACAACCAAGUGAUAUCAUGUCACGACUUGCAAAGGCAAUGCAAAGUCAUGGACAACAACAACAAGAAAAAAGUGAUGAACAACGUCGAAUGGAACAACAACGACGCGAACUUGAAAUUGAACGUAUAAAAUUAGCACAACAAACUGAACAAUUACGUUUACAACGUGAAGAAGAUGAGCGUCGUCAAUUAGAACAACAACAAAGACUUGAAGAAGAAUUACGUAAGAAAAAAGAGGCAGUAGUUGCAAGUAAACAAAUAUUAGAUCAGAUGAAAGAAAUGGCUAAAACAAUGGAUCAGAGAAAACAGCAACAACCACAACAACCUCAACCACAAAAACAACAACAACAACAGCAACAAGUUAAACCACAACCUAAAGUUGAAGCUGAUGCAUUUUUAGCUUUUCAACAAUCUCUUCAAUAUCAAAAAGAACAACAAUCUAAAAUUGAAGCACAAAGAGAAGAAAAUAUUCGUCGUUAUAAACAACAAAUACAAGAACAAUCUCGACCAACUUCACAACAACAACCUCAACAACAACAACAACAACAACAACAACAACAGCAAACAUUUAAGUUACCAGACUCAGCCAAUUGGGCUCGACAUUCAUCACAAAGUAAUGAUCAAAAUCAACCAUUAAAUUUUGCUGAAAUUCUAAAACAAGAACAAGAACAAGAACAACGUGCUCGUGAAGCAAUGCUUGCUGCUCAACAACUUGCUAAAUCUGAGGCAUUAAAUAUUCCAAAUCCAUCAUCAUCAGCUAAUAAUAAUAAGCCUGGUUCAUGGGCUCGUACAUUAUUUGCUGGUAGUACUGGAAAUAUUAAUACAUUAUCAGCAUCAAAUCAUAUGUCAUUUGAUCAAGAUACAAAUGAAAAUUCAUUACCUGAAUCACCAAUAACAUCUUACAAUCAACAGGCAACAAAUGCGCCAAAAUCUCGAUCAACUAACAGUCAACCAUCAACACCAUGGAGUUCAUCAACAAAUUUACCUAAUAAUACAUCACUUCAAGAUAUUCAACAACAACAACAACAGCAACAACAACAGUCUCAAGUUGAACCAAAACCAAAACCACAACCUCAACAACAGCAACAACAAGUAUCUUCUGGUAAUACAACACCAGCAUGGGGUGGAGUAUUUCAACAGUCGACUUCAUCUCCACAAACAGCAUCCAUGUUUUGGGAUGAUAAUGAACCUACACCAGCAGCAACUAAACAAUCUACAAAAAAGAAUGCCAAUAAACCAGCAACGCCAUGGACUGAAAUAAAACCAUCUGCAAUACCGCAAUCAAAAUCAAAUUCAACACAUGCUGAAUUAUCGAAAAGUGAACGUGAAGCAAAAUAUUUGUUUACAACAACACGUACUCAGGAUGCACUUUCAAAAUGGACACAAACACAAUUUAAAGAUAAUUUACAAGCUAUUGAUGUUCCAACACUUGUUCAAUUAUUAAAAGAUAUUGACAGUGCUGAAGAAAUUGUUGAUUAUAUUCAACCAUAUAUUGGUUCAGCUAUCAAAGCUAAAGAAUUUGCUAAUGAUUUUAUAAUUAAACGUAAACAAUUAGCUAAUGCUGGACCGGAAGUUGAUAAUGAACAUUUGAAUGAAUUAGCUAUGGCACCAACAUCAAGAAAUACAAAUUCGGGUAAUGGUGGUGAUGAAGGUUUUCAAUUAGCAUCAAGUAAUGGACAAAAGAAAAAAGCGAAGAAAAUGAAAGGUCAAAAAAUCGAUGUUAAACAACUUGGUUUUAUGGUUAAUAAUCGACCAGAACAACGAGAUGAUAUUGAUAAAGUACAAAUGUAA